AGGUUAGUGUUCACCAUGAAUAAAUCAGUUUUGUUUGUAUUUUUGCUAGCAGUUGGUUACAGCGCCGCUGCCUAUAGCCACAAAUAUGAUCACAUAGACGUAAUGAGUGUUUUACGCAACGCUAGGAUGUUACAUAGAUAUGUACAAUGUCUUUUAGACGUACCUAACACCUGCACCAAAGAUGGAGAUUAUCUCAAACAGGUCCUUCCCGAAGCUAUCAAAACGAACUGCGCCCAAUGUGAUGCUAAACAAGAGGACACAGCUGUUAGAGUUACUGCAUACCUCAUGAAACACCAUGACGAUUGGUGGAAGCAAAUCGAUGAACGUUAUAAUGCAGGUUCAAGUGAAUUUGUAGCAGCCCACAAAGCUAAAAUUGACGAGUACAAAAACACGUUGUAAUUUGGAUAAACUAAUCAAAUAUUACGUACAUUAAAAGAUUUCAUUUCAAAUAGUAUACAUGUAAAAUUAUUUUGUAGACAAUAAAAACA